AUGGAGUCCGAAACUAUGGAGCAGGCGCAGGCCCGCCAUCGCAAGGAGCUGAAAGACCUUCAAGGCCGAAUUACGAAUAAAAAGAAGAGUGCAACGAAGAAAACGCGAAAAGGGGUCAACGACGAAUGCGCUGAGCUGGAAAGGACGCUCCAUGAGACGCAAGCCGCCGAGGUUUUGGCGCUGAGCGGGGAGGUCUCAACAGGCGAUGCAGCGGACGACGACGAGCUACCAGAGACCAGUGGCAACGACGAGGCACUAGCCAAGGAAGCAAACGACAAACUACAUAUUACUAUUGAAGCCGAGACAUCAAUAUCAGAUAGCAAACAGCAGCCCGGCAAGAAGCGCAACCGGCAAAAGGAGCGGCUGGCGCGCCGGGCGGCAGAGCAAGAAGCCGCCAUGACCAAGGCCGAGGAAGAGGCGUCUACCAUGACCAACCACCGCGCUAUUGAGAACGCCUACAUGAAGAAAAAGAUGGAAGCCGAAGGGCUUGUGGAGCAAGACAUUGCGCCGGACGGGCACUGCCUGUUUUCCGCCGUGGCCGACCAGCUGCAGACGCAGCUGUCAAUUCCUCUAAGCAAAACUGCGGACGAAGCAGAGAGGCCUGCGUAUAAAACGGUACGGCAAGCGGCGACAGACUUCAUGGAGGCGCACGGCGACGACUUUGCGCCUUUCGUAGAGGGAGACUUCGGGGCCUACUUGGCGCGGAUGCGGGACACGGCCGAGUGGGGGGGCGAGCCGGAGCUCAUGGCGCUGGCGCGAGCAUACGGCGUUGGAAUACGCGUAGUGCAGGACGGGAGGACCGAGGAGAUUGGUCAGGGGGAAAAACUGUUGUGGCUGGCGUAUUAUCGGCAUGGCUAUGGUCUUGGUGAGCAUUACAAUUCGUUGCGGCGGAAGUAA